CAACAUCCUUAGCUCCAACGGCAUGAAGGAGGAGGCGGAGCGGGCUUACAAGCGGGCUCUCUCCUACCGCUCCAACAUGGCUGACGUUCAUUACAAUCUGGGGAUUUUAUAUCAAGAACAGAAACGGUACGAUGAAGCUCUUCAGUCUUAUGACAAGGCAAUUCAAUAUCGUCCGAGGAUGGCCAUGGCGCACCUGAACAAGGGGCUGGUGCUGGGCCUGUCGGGACAGCGCGAGGCAGCUGCCGCCGUCUACCGGCACUGCUCCACGCUGGACGGUGCCGGCCUCAAGGACCCACGGACGCACGAGGCCACCAAAAUAUCGGCUCUCUUCAACCUGGGCCGUCUUCACGCCGACGAGGGCAGCUUUCGGCAGGCGAUUGCCGUGUACCAGGAGGCCAUCGAGCGGAUGCCGGCGCACUACCAGCCGCAGGUUAGUGUGGCGGGUCUCCCUCAAGUCUGA